AGUGGUUUCACAACGUGCGAUCUUCGCGGUGUGCAUUCACCCAUGCGCAUCCAGCACGGCACCGUGGCGACUGUAGUGUUCCUGGCCAACGUCCUGGCAUACGGCUUUCGGGGUCUGCUGCCGGCGACCCCAAUGACGGUGCAGUCGUUCCUGCACGAUGCAGUCGCCUCUCGAAGCAACACCGCAGGCGUGCCAUCGUGGAUGCUGUUUGGCGUGCUCGAGUCGACCUUUGUGGCCACGUACGCGCUCUCCUUCCUCGUAUGCACGCAUUUCUCGUUUGGUGGCCCAUUACGGGUCUUGUCAGGUGGUUUACUUGUGUGGUGCGCCGGUGCCAUGGUGUCGGGAUAUUUCGUCUCACACGACCACGCAUACCGUUUUCAUCUGGUCCUGGGUGGUCGAUUGCUCAGUGGCAUCGGCGAUGGCAUUUUGCAAGCGAUGACGCCUGUCAUUAUCGAGCGAGAAGCCCUGCAAAAGCACCGGCAGCGAUGGGUUCGGCUGUACUUUGCAGGGGCAGCCUUGGGGACAGGAAUGGGAUAUGUUGUCGGCAACAUCGUGACUGAAAGUUUUGGCUGGCACUGGGCAUUUUAUGGUUACUCGAUCGCCAUGGCACCGUUGAUCUUGCUUUGUUUGAGUUGCGCCUCCAUGCGUUGGGCACGUCGGCUGGUCAAGCCCCCAGCCGCCGCCACAGCACAUGGAACCCUGGCAACGAUAGAAGCCGACAAGGCAGUGUCUCUGCUUCGAUCCCCCGUCUACAUUCUCACGUCGCUUGGGGCCGCCUCGACGCUCUUUACACUUCGCGCGCUGUCGACGUACAUGCCAGUUUGGCUCCGUGUCGGAGGAACCCUAUCUGGCGAGCAAGCGGCUGCGAUCGUGUACGGGGGGAUUGCUACACUUGCUUCCUUGGUCGCCGCACCGCUGGGCGGUUGCAUCUUGACGUGGGCAUCUCGACGGUGCCUUACCGACGCCGCGCAGCUGCGAGUGGCCUGCCGCCAGCAGUUUCUUCACGUUUGCGUUGGAUGUGGCUCUUUCUUGGCCAUGUGGAAAUUGUUGGACGAUAGCACAGUUUGGAGCUUCGUCACGUUAGUCGUGGGCCUGGUCAGUGCAUCGGGGGCCAUGAAUGCAACGUCGGUCGUGGUUUUGCUGAGCGUCCCUCUCGAAGGUCGAAGCCGAGCCAUGCAGACGUUUGCAGUCGUCGUCCAAGUGUGUGGCGACAUUCCAGCGCCUGUGCUUGUGGGAUGGGCCAUGGAUGAGUGGACAGUGCCCACCUGCGCCACACCGGCCAACCCUGGCGUUUGCGUCGACGGUGUCAGCACGACUGUGUUUUGGACAGUCUUGUGGCUCUGGUGGGCGGUCGGAAGCACCUUCGUCACGUGGGUUCUCGCUACAUUCGCCCCCCGCGUCUCCGACGACUUGUAUGUGCAAGAGGCUGAUGUGGAAAUUGCGAUGGCAGGUGCAGGUGGUAGUCUUCAUGCGACCGCUCUUGGCAUCGCUGCAGCAGAGCCAUUCCAACGUUAAGACAUUUUAUAUUCACAGCAAAUACCAUGA